GACUGUAUUUAUCAGGUUAGCCAACGUGUGGAAUGGGAACGUCACCAGGCUGCUGUUCGCAAGCGUGAGGAGGAAGAUGCAGAGCGAGAACGCCUUGAAUAUGCUGCCAUUGACUGGCAUGACUUCACUGUUGUAGAAACUAUUGAUUAUCAGUCAUGGGAAGUUGGCUCAUUCCCUCCACCCACUACAGCAGCAGAGGUAGGUCGACGUGUCCUCUUACAGGAACGCAUAGAGGAAGGAGUUGCUCCUGAUACAGACAUGGUUUUGGGCAGUGAUGAUGAAGAAGAGCCUGAGGAAGAACAAGGUGCACCAGGUGAUAGAGAUGAUACUCAAGUUCAAGACAUGGAUGAAGAAAGUAGUGAGGAAGAAGAGUCAGAUGAUGAGCCACCACCCCCACAGCAGCAACCACAGCCACAGCCACAACAACAACAAACAACAACAACAACAACAACAACAGCAGCAGCAGCAGCUGCAGCAACAGCUGCAGCAACAGCAACAGCAGCAGCAACAGCAGCAGCAACAGCAGCAGCAACAACAACAACAACAACAACAACAACAACAACAACAACAACAACAACAACAGAAGCCAGAAAUUAAAUUGCCGCAACCACCAUUGCCCCGAGAGCCUCCUCAACCUGCUCCAGCACCACCAGUCGCAGGGCAAGUAGUGGUUAAAGAUUAUAACCCUCGUCAACAGCCCCGCACAACCCCAGGUACAACAGGUGCCUCUGAUCAGUAUCUUGUUUCACCCAUUACAGGAGAGCGCAUUGCCCCUGAUAAAGUGGGUCAGCAUUUACGUAUCAAUAUGUUAGAUCCUCGCUGGCUUGAAGAUCGUGAUCGCCAGAAUGCAGAGCGAUCCAAUCAAGAUACUGUCUUUGCAACAGGUGAUUCUAUUCGUUCAUCUUUGAAGCAACUGGCAGAACGACGUACUGAUAUUUUUGGAGCAGGAGAUGAAGAGACAAUUAUUGGUAAGAAGAUUGGAGAGGAGGAAAAGCGUGAGGAGAAAGUUACGUGGGAUGGACACACUGGUUCCAUGGAAGCAGCUACACGUGCUGCUAGGGCCAACAUUUCCAUUAAUGAGCAGAUUCAUCAGAUUCAUAAAGUAAAAGGUCUAUUACCAGAUCAAGAAAAAGAGAAGAUUGGUCCUCAGCCAAAACUUCCAUCUUCAGUCCCUCCCACAAAUGUAAACCAUUCACGUCCAGCUCCACCACCACCGCCACCACCACCAAAACCACAGCAACCCCCGGCAAAGCCACAGCCACCACCACCACCCCCACCCCCAAAAUCUAUUCCACAGCCAGCACCUGCACCCCCUCCACCACCACCAAAGCCUUCAGUAGUGACACCCCCUCAAUCUAUGAUGACUGUCAAUAUUGGUGGGCCACUGCCACCACCUAUGGCUCCCAUGGUUCCCCCUGGCAGUGGUGUAAUGGUGGUACCACGCCCACCAGUCAUGAUGGCUCCUCGACCAGGUGGCUUUAUGCCUGGACCUCCUGCUCCACCAGUACCUGGCUUCAUGACAUCACAGCCACAACCAGCACCACCCACUGGACCACAGCCUCCUGUUGGUGGCCCUCCAAUGGGAGGUAUGGGAGGUGGACCUGAUAAAGAUGACGAUGAUGGUCCUGCAGCCAAAAGAGCUCGUACAGAGGAGAAUCUAGUGCCUGAAUCUGAAUGGGCACGUCGUUUUAAUGGUCCUGUAAAGUUCCAGGUUGCAAUUCCAGUUGUGGCAGAUAAACCAGAGUGGCGAUUAGCUGGCCAGGCUCUGUCUUUGACUCUUCCUUUAACUGACCCAGUCUCUGUGGUCAAGGCCAAAGUUCAUGAUGAGACUGGCUUGCCUCCUGGUAAACAGAAGUUAGCUCGAGAUGGCCUUUUCUUCAAAGAUUCUCAAUCACUAGCUUUUUACAAUGUUGGCCAUGGUACAAUAAUACAGUUACAGCUGAAGGAGCGUGGUGGCCGCAAGAAGUAAAUGUAUUGCAAUUUUCAGGCUUAAGAAUUUGCAAGUAUUUCACUAGAUAUGUUGUAGUUCAAAAUACGUUAAACUAUUUUAGUAACAGCCACUGCAGUGAUUUGAGUAAGUAUUAUUCAUGGUUAGAGAAUCUGUGUUAAGUUCAACAAAAAUCUAAUUUUCCUCAUGAAGGGCAGAUGUAAAAUGAUAAGCCACAUACUCAUUAAUGUUUCUAGAAUGAAGUUAAAAACUGUGGUACUUCUAAUAUUUUUACCUAAGUAAAGAAUUGACAGCAUAUAGAAAUGAAUUUUUGUAUUUUAAGUUUAACUUUCCAUUAAUUCAAAUAAUACUGUAUGUUAAAAUAAAAAUUAUAAAUAGCAAACUGAAAACUAUUUACACCAUUUAGUGUCAAAAGUUUGUAUACUUACAGGUAUUAAUAAACUAUUAAUAUUA